GCAGUGUGUUUACGGGAGACUCUUAGGGGAGAGGUUGGGGGGGGGGGGUGUUGACAAGUGGUGGACGCGACUCCUGCGUCUUCGACCGGUCUUUCUUCCUCGGUAUUAUACCCCAGCACGAUCCGGCAAGACUCGUGUGGGUCGAGUAUUACCUCCGUGUUGUGGCUGCUGCUGCUGCUGCUUAUGGAGCCAGGACUGUCCCCUCCUGUGUGGUGUUACUACUACUCGCGCAGUAGUAACUUCUCAAGAAAUGUGAGGUAGUACAGUAUGUCCAAAGACGGGUACUAUCAUUUCGGGGAGUCGGGCAGCAAAGCUGUGGAGGGCUUGAACCUUCCCUCCUUGCCAACUACAUCGUAUUGGUACAAUGCGCACUCUACAGUGGGAAGCUCCCUCUACCCAGAUCACGAGACUUCAGGAACUCCUCCAUACAAGGGACUUCAGCAAAUAGAUGUCAAAUUAGCAGAAAACAAUAGAGACCAUUUGGAGUGGUGGACUGAUGACAUGUGCUUGGAAACUCAACCAAGAGCUUUUGAUUCCCAGUAUUGGGAAGGCCAUCCUACUGAGCGAGGAUAUGUGCAAUCAAGCGAUCAUUCAGUUGCAGGGUCAGAUUUUGAGCCAUCUGAUCAGCCAUUAGUGCUACUGAGUUGUCGUACUCGGGACCACCAAGAUGACUACAACAGUCCAGAGUUGUUGAAUUCUGUGGAUAUUGUUAAACACGAUGUUGAUGAAAGCUCUUUUUGUUCAGAAUCUGUCAGCAGCCAAGAAUAUUCCCCAACCAGUAACAACAACAAUACGCCAUCCAAUAAGAAAUAUACUCCAGAAACCAUAACACCUAUAGAUGAACACCAACGGAACCAAAAGAGAUACAAAAAGGAACCAAAAGAGAAAGCUAAGGAAGAUAAAAGGUGCGGAGUGUGUGGGGACGCAGCGAGGAGCAUGCAUUUUGGAGGGAUGGCUUGCGAUUCAUGUAAAGCCUUUUUUCGACGUUCAGUGCAGAGUGGUGCCUACAAAAGUUUCCAGUGUCCUGAGAACAAGAUAUGUCCAAUCUCAAAACAAAACAGAAAAGUUUGUCAGUAUUGCAGAUUUAAGAAAAGUCAAGAGAAUGGCAUGGAGAUUAACUGGGUGAUGUCGGAAACUGACCGCAUGGUGCUAUGGAAGAACAGACUUGCUAAACAACGUCAUGUCCAAGAAGAAAAGAUUAAAGACAAAGUAUAUGGAGACUUGCCAAGAUCACUAGACCCCAAAGAGGCUGAUGUGUUAAGGAAUCUUGCUGCUCUUCAAGAGUCUACAUUUAGGUCCAUUCCUUAUCCAGAGGAUUGUUAUGGUGAUAACAUAGAAGCAUUAGCUAAUCUUUUUGUUUUUAUAUGUAAGAAGCUAGGACUGUUCUUCCAGAGUGUUGAAGAUUAUCAGGAGGUUUGUAAAACAGACCAAAAUCUUUUAAUGAAGAAUGGGAUUGGCACGUCAAUAUAUCUUCACGGUGCAUAUAUGUACGAUUAUGAAAAUGAAAUGUGGCCUGCUGAAUGCAAUAAAGAAGCUUUAAAAAUUCCCCCAAUUUCCAUGGCUACUCUUCAAAAAUUUACAGUUUUACCAGAAGCUUUUGAUGCCAUUAUGAAAUACUAUAAUAAAUAUGCUAAAGAGCUCAAAGAUGAAAUUAUUUUGGCAUUGAUCUGCUUGAUUUCCUUUUUUCAGCCAGAUGAUCCUCAAUUUCUGAAUUCACAACAGAUUCAGGAUAUUCAGCUCAAGUACCUAGAACUUCUUCGGCGAUACUUAAUAGCUAAAGAUGGUGAUGUUGUUGCAAAGAUAACUUUUCCCAAACUUCUUGUUGGACUUGCAGAUAUUAAAGAGAUUUUAGAAUUUCAUAGUAAAGUUGAUAUCAAACCAACAAUAAACCACCAGCAUAUUUCACCACAGUCAACAGUAGAAAAUCAGAUGUCAGCAGUGAAUGAAUUGUUACAAAAGGCUUCUCAAGGACAGCUGCCAGAGUUUUCUUCAAUUUUAACAGCUUCAGAUAAAAGGCAACCACUAUGGCAGCAAAGUAAUGCAGUUAGAAAAAAAAGAUCAAAUUCAAACCUCAUUUUACGUGGAGAUCAGUUCUAUCAUCCCCAAACUAGCCAAAUAUUUGGUGUGACUCCAAGAACUGAUAUGAUCAUCACAAAUCCAAUGGAGAGGAUAGAUAAUUUUACAAGAAAACAAAAUUUACCCCGAGCACAAAUAAACGAGGUCUUGGAUUACGAAGAUGACUAUAGAGGGGAAGGAGACAGGCAAACAAGUGUGUUAGGUAGAGAGUCUGUAAAGGCUAAGAACACUUCUGCUGUGUAUCAUCCUGGAAGACAGUUGCAGGCGGCGUCAGUUGGCAAUAAUGGAGAGUGCGAUCAGUCUGGUCCAAUAGACAAGAAGAGGGCAGUUGAAGUUCUUUGUGAUACAUUGCAACAUAUCUCUUGUGCUGAUGAUGAACAAUUCAUUCAGUCACUGAAACAGAAUUUGUCUCCACACCUUUUGGUUAAUCUAGCUGAAAAGUUGUCACCAUCUUAACAGGAGCUGGAGCAUGUAGUCUUAAGUAUUUGAUGACAUUCAUCUGAUUUAGGAAUGUUUGUGAAGUAUGAUACAAAUAUACUAGGAAGCCAAUACAAUAUGCACUGUUAUGGAUCUCAGUUUGUGGUCAACUUUUGCUCAUGUACCUGCUUUAAAGUCAAAGUUGGUUUAGUAUCAAGUUUAGCAAUAGUUGGAGCAUUUCUAAGUUGUGAUGCAAAUUUAUUCAAAUAAAAACUCCAAACAUUUAUC